CUUUAUAAACCUCCAAGCUCGCCCGUCAGCAAGUCCCGACAAGAGUGGUGAAAUUACAGUCCUUCCAGCAGUGAAAGAAGACAGGAACGGACCAGUUGGCUCCAGGGAAAGAGGAGAAGUGGUGGCAUCUCCCAGGCCUGCCCCUGCUCUCUCCUUGCCCCAACACCGCCUGCCUGCCAAGCUUGGCCACAUUCCGGUGAGGUUCCCGAGGCCUCCGGCUUGUGACAGCUUUCUCAACCGGUCUCAACCCUUCCUGAAGCCCAGCCGAAAGACCCCAGCGAGCCUCUCUCCAGAGCAGGGGGCACGAGAGCCCUCUGAUCCGGUGCCAGGGGUUGAGUUUGGAUAGAUGCAGCAUCCAGACACAUGGGGUCCGUCGGCGGUGCCAGGCAAUAGAGCGAGUCUGGAAACCGGCUGCCUGAAAAGCUGAGCUGGUCCGGACAGAGAGAAGCAGAAAAGGGGGCAUUUUGAGCCCUUCGGCUGGACGGCCCAAAGGGAAGAAGCCAAGAAGAAGGUCUCUGAGCAGCCACUUUCAAGAGCUUCCUUGGCUGGCAAGGAAGGAGGAGGAGGUUGAGUUCCUGCCAGCAGAAAGGCAAGAGGAAACGGCACCACCAUGGGCUCAAGGAGCUGUGACAGGCCCCGGGGCUUCUCUGGGCCCCCGGGGGUCUUGGGCUGGCAGCAGCAAGCCAUGGGCUUGGUCUUCCUUCUCCUGGUGGCCCUCCAGCAGCUGUGCUCCGUCUGGGCUUUCUCCACUUGCAAAACCUUGGACAUGGACCUGAUGAAACGGAAGAGGAUCGAAGCCAUCCGGGGACAGAUCCUCAGCAAACUCAAGCUCCCGAAACCCCCCGAGGUGGAGGAGUUGGACGCGCCGAUCCUAACCGAAGAGGUCAUGGCUCUUUACAACAGCACCAGGGAAAUCAUCCGAGAGAUGGUGGCUGAGGAACUCCAGGAGACCGUUCACGAAGAAUACUACGCCAAGGAAGUGCACCGCUUCAUGAUGAUCCCCGUUAGCGAUGAAAGAUACGGCGAUCAGUACAAGAAGGACAACCAAAACGUCUACUUUGGAUUCAACAUCGAAACCAUCCGGAAUGCCAUUAGUAACCCACUUGGUGUACGGGCAGAGCUGAGGAUGCAAGCCUCUGGCAAAGGGCAAGAACAGCGCCUGGAGCUUUACCACCAAAAAAACCACUCGGGGAAUGAUUCCACUUGGUACUACCUUCAAGGGCUGUCGUUAAAGGAAGGCGAAAAAGAAUGGCUGUCCUUCGAUGUCACCACUGUCCGGUUGUGGCUCGCAAGUAGAGACGAGCUGGGGAGAUUCCGGCUUAGCACGCACUGUUCCUGUGAUGGCAUCCGAAAUGAUCUAGCGAUACAAAUUGAAGGCACCAUGAACAAAAGAGGAGACCAGGGCUCAUUAAUCGGGAAAUCAAAGCAGCGGCCGUACCUGUGGAUCAUGGCCACCACGCCAGAACGGGCUGAUUCCUCGAGUCACAAGCGGAGAAAGCGAGCCAACCCGGAUGCCGAUUUCUGCAGCAGCCAAUCCCCGGAAGCGAAGAAUUGCUGCGUACGGCGUUUCUACAUCGAUUUCCGAAAAGAUUUAAAAUGGAAGUGGAUCUACGAACCUAAAGGCUACUAUGCCAAUUUCUGCAUGGGGCUUGUCCCACUCUGGAGCUCAGAUACCCAAUACAGCAAGGUCCUCGGUCUCUACAAUCUGCACAACCCUUCGGCCUCAGCCGCACCCUGUUGUGUCCCCUACGAGCUGGAGCUGGGCAUCGUAUACUACGUCGGCCGACAAGCCAAAGUGGAGCAGCUUUCCAACAUGAUUGUCAAAUCGUGCCAGUGUAGCUGAGAAAAAGGAUCGGUGGUGGACUUGGGAAUUCUGAACGAUCCCUGCAAGGGGGGGGGAGGGGAAGGAGUCAGGACUGUGAGGAUGCCGACUUUGCUUCCCACCCCCCACCCCCUCUGCUAAAACUCUGUGCCUUUUUUUCCCCUUUCGAGUCUUUCCUUUUCGUCUUCACAAAAAAAGAAAUCUCUCUCUCUCUCUCUCUUGUUUUUUUUGGGGGGGGGGAAACACAACUUGUAUUGUUAUUGUUGUUAUUAUUAUUAUUAUUUUAUUGGUAAAUUUAUGUUUUUGGGGAGUGGUGAGGACGGUUUUUUCAAUUCUUUGGCUUCGGUGGUGGAGAGGACUUAUUCAGGAGAGUGAGUGAGUGAGUGAGAGAGAGAGAGAGAGAGAAGAGAAGAAGAGGAGGAAGAAGAAGAAGUGAAGAGGAAGAGAAGGAGGCAUGCAGCCACCAAAAAACGGGCUGGGAAGAGAUAAAAUCUCCUCUUGCAAACAGAAGGAAGCAAUUUGCUGCGAGACGGCAAAAGGGAAAUAAGGAAUUAAAUGUUAUUGGGGUCAGGGAUUGUAAAAGGGGAUAAAACGGAGAAGGGUGCCAGGCUGACUUUGGAACAGAGUCCAGAAUUGUUUAGACGAUCCAGAGGGAUUUCUUCAGAUGCCCAAACUUUGGCGGGAGUUCCUGGGUCGCUGGAUGAUGCCGAUUCUCUGCUUUGGGAUCUGUGGGGAAGGGAAGAAGGCAUUCCCAAAACCGGAUAAACUCAUUAUGAUGAUGAUGAUAUUAUUUAAUGGAUUUAUAGGCCGCCCAAUCCCGGAGACUCCGGAGGCUUACAAAUCAAAGAAAAUAAUUAGUAAAAAUACAAGAAAAAACAAUUUAAAACAUCACC